AUGGAAAGAGCAACCACCACAGAGGACUAUGACAUGACCACAGAAUAUGAUUAUGGAGAUUCAACUCCAUGUCAGAAGACAGAGGUGAGGGCUUUUGGGGCCCAACUGCUUCCCCCUUUGUAUUCCCUGGUGUUUGUCAUUGGCCUGGUUGGCAACAUCCUAGUGGUCUUGCUCUUCAUGCAAUAUAAGAGGCUCAAAAGCAUGACCAGUAUCUACCUCCUCAACCUGGCCAUUUCUGACCUGGUCUUCCUUUCCACGCUGCCCUUUUGGAUUGACUACAAACUAAAGGAUAACUGGAUUUUUGGUGAUGUCAUGUGCAAAUUCCUCUCAGGGUUUUAUUACAUAGGCUUGUACAGCGAGAUCUUUUUCAUCAUCCUACUGACGUUCGACAGGUACCUGGCCAUUGUUCAUGCUGUAUUUGCCCUGCGGGCCCGAACCAUCACCUUUGGUAUCAUAAGCAGUAUUGUCGCCUGGGCCCUGGCCAUCUUGGCAUCCAUCCCAGGCUGGCAAUUUUCCAAGGCCCAAUUAGAGAUCAGUCAUUUCACCUGCAGCCUUCACUUCCCUCAUGGAAGCCUAAAAGGGUGGAAACAAUUCCAGGCUCUGAAACUGAACAUUUUGGGGCUGGUUUUGCCUCUGUUGGUUAUGAUUAUCUGCUACUCAGGAAUUAUAAAGAUUCUGCUUAGAAGACCAAAUGAGAAGAAGGCCAAAGCAGUCCGCCUGAUUUUUGUCAUCAUGAUCAUCUUCUUUCUCUUUUGGACCCCCUAUACCCUGGCUAUGUUAGUCUCUGCUUUCCAAGACUCUCUUUUUACCAAUGAGUGUGAGCAGAGCAAACAGCUGGACCUGGCCAUACAAGUGACAGAGACAAUCUCCUUCACACACUGCUGCAUCAACCCCAUCAUCUACGUCUUCGUUGGUGAGCGGUUCAGGAGGUAUCUCCAUCAGUUGUUCCACAGAAUCUUUGCAGUGCGCCUGGCUAAAUGGCUUCCCUUCCUGUCUACAGAGAGGUUGGAGAGGGCCAGCUCUAUGUCUCCCUCCACAAGGGAGGAUGAACUUUCUGUGGGGCUCUGA